CUCCACUGCGCAUGUCCGCAGGAGUUGUUGUCAGCGGUGGUUAUGGAGAUGAGACGGGUCCACGAGCUGUCAACUGGUCGGUGAUGUUCGGGGGCAGAUUUCUGUAAAAAUACACGCAAGGACGCGUCUUUCUAGUCCAAACUGCUCAUCGGCACCAGAGAGAGAUGCCAGGGAAGAUACGAUUCAUUGUGGUCAACUCUUCAAGUCAUGAGGGCAACUUCACUGCCAAGGAGCUCAUGGUCCAUGCACCCACAGCCACUGGCUGGAGAUCCCGCAGGCUGUGCUCUUACCCUCAACACGUCACUCUCCAGCUGGUGGAGAGAAGUCGGGUGAGGAAGCUGCAGCUUCUCGCCCACCAGUACCUGAUCCCAGCUAAGGUGGAGUUCCACAUUGGAGACUCCCUCCCUGAAACCAGCUCUCCAGGGCAGCUUCGCAGACUCGGGUAUGUGCCUCUGUCAGACAAUGAGAAGACGGGCUUCAUAGCUCGGGAGCUGAAGUCGGUCUACGUUGACGCCAUUGGAACAUACCUGAGAAUAACCUUUCAUAAGAACCACGUCAACAGCAACAAUCAACACAAUCAGGUUGCUUUGGUUGCCAUUAAUGUGCUGGGAGAGUCUUUGGAUGGCAAUGCUUUUAGCACAAUUCCAAGCAGAGAGCAGCUGAUCGAACACUACCUCAAUUGUACUCAGCAGGAAGCUGCCUUGGACACAACCUUCAUGGGUCUCACACCCAGCAAAUAUGAGUCCUUCUCCCCCUUUGACGACCUGGCUUUCGAAAUGUACCAGGACCCCGAAGUUGCUCACCUCAUCCGUCUCAUGGACCAACAGAAGCAGGACAUGGUGCAGCAGGAGAAAUUCGAGCAGGCCAAGUAUCUGAGACAGGCCAUAGCCGACCUGCAAAAGGCGGGGGAGCGCUUGGCUCGAUAUGAUGUGGAGAAGCAAUGUGCCAUAGAAAAGGAAGACUAUGACCUGGCCAAGAAGAAGAAGGAGCUGAUGGAGGAGUACAGGAGGAGCGUCUACCAGCAGCUGGAGGACUGCAACCUGUUGGACACAACAAUGAUCGCAAGGGCAAUGGAUCCACCCCCUCUCCCGGAUCCCCCCCCUCUGCUGCCUUCUCCAGGUCACUGUUCAGUCCCCGUCAAGCCCCUUGUGUCCACAGACACGUAUAAGAAGGAGAAGAAAGCUAAUACACCUCAGAAACAACAGUCGGCCACAGAGGCUGCCAAACGAAGCUGUCAACGUGACAGCCCCAGCACCCCCGCUGCUGUACCCAAGUUAGAUUCGACCAGUUCGCCUCAUGAUGACAGGCCGCUGCCAGCCCAGAAGAGGAAAGAGCAGCCAGUGGAGACCGCCCAGAGUCCUGCAGAGCAGCAACCCCCCGACCCUCACACCCUCAGGAGCCCACCCAGCUCCGAGAUCAGCGGAGAGCCAGAGCCCCUGACAGAGAAAGCCCAGCGAGAGGCUGGACUUCCAAUAGAUGUUUAUGGAGAAAGCGUGGUGGCUUGGGCAUAUUCCAAAAGCUGGUCCCACAGAGAAAAUGCUCUGCUGGCUGUGCACAAGAGGCUUUUGGAGGUAUCACCCACCACCCCCAAGGAGGAGCUGAGAAAGAUGAUAAGAGCUGCAGUCCUCCUGGUGAAAAAGGCCCUCCAGGAUAAAGUGUCAUCGGUCCUCCAGGCCUCCUUGAUGCUGCUGCGCCUAAUGCUGAGCCAGCUGAUCCCAGGUCUGGGCUUAGGCCGGUCUGAGGUGAUCCACUGCGUUGAGCAGACCUGGCCUGACCUGCUGCUCAGGACUGGAGACCCAGCCAGCCGCCUCCGGGCCAUGGUCACUGCCUUCAUACAGGAGAUAGCUGUUUUGAAGGAUGUCCGGGCCCUGCAGGUAAUCCCCGCUGACCUAGUGAAGGACCUCAAAUUCAAAUCCCCCCCUCGUCUGGCUCAGAGUCGGGUAGAGCUGCUGGAGAAGCUGCUCGCUGAACUGGGCACAGAGAACUCUGGCUUCACCCUGGACAACGUCAUGACGUUCUGUGCAGUGUCGUUGAAGCACACUUCACCGCCGGUUCGAGAGGCGGCGCAGCGCAUCGUCUUAUCCAUGUACCAGCAGCACAGAAGUGCCAUUCUCAGCUACCUUCCACGCAGCGAUGAUCCUGAACGCAACAGCUUCCUCUACAAAACACUCUUUGAUGGGUUUGCCAAAAUUGACGGAAAGCUGGUAGAGACUCAGACGUUGAAGAAGGGAGGUGGUCAGCAGGAGGGGCAAAAGGAGAAGGAGGAGAUCCACUCUCUUCAGGAGCAGCUGGCUGCCUUGAAAGAGAUCACAGAGAGAGGCAAGGAGGGCACCAAGGGACAAAUGGCCAAGAAGGAAACCCCUAGAGUUGAGAAAGAGUCCCAAAAAGCUGCCAAAGCAACUGGCGGCAAAGUGCCACAGAACAAGAUAACAGACCGAGCAGAAGUCCAACAAUCUAGCAACUGUCUGGACAACUUGUGUAUAUUCUGUGGUAAAAAGGACGAGUCAUUCACAGAAGAUGGAUUGGACCUUCAUUACUGGAAACACUGUCCUAUGCUGCGACGCUGCAGUGAAUGCAGACAGGUAGUGGAGAUAGCCAGCCUCACAGAGCAUCUACUGGGUGAAUGUGAAAGCAAUUCCAAGUUCGGCCAAUGUCCGAGCUGCUCAGAGGCCGUGGCUUCGGAAGAUCUAACUCGCCACGUCCAGGGUCCUUCCUGCAACCCUCCCAUCUCCGGUAAAGGCUCCAACCACUGUCCUUUGUGCCACAACAACUUCAUGCCUGGGGAGGAGGCCUGGAAGGCUCACCUCAUGGGCAGGGAGGGCUGUAAACAAAACUCACGCAGGACUGCGGUGUCCCAGAGAACCCAGCCAGCACAAGGCAGGGCUGUCGGAGGAGCCAAGCUGAAGCAGGCCUUGUCGGUUGGGGCCAGAGGCAGACCUAUUGGCAGAGGCAGUCGGAUCCCAGCCCUGGCUCCUCUGGCCAGAGGACAUUCGCAAGGGAAGCGAUGAAGCUGGUUCCACAAAAGCACCUCUGGGGACAUCCCAGCAUCACUUGAGUCACUCCACCCCACUUCCACGCGUCCCUGUUCCCAUGCUCCUGAAUAAAGCACUUUUAGAAAAGGCAUAGGACGGCUUGCAGAUGUAUUCACUGACAUAUGCAAUAGGAUUUUAAAGGCCAAGCCAGGCUUUUGUUUGAAGCCAUCAAUAUGCUAGGACUUUUUAAAGCUACCAGAAAAGGAAAUACAUCUGUCUUAUCAGCUUAUGUACAGACUGGCAUUACAACAUGGUAUUGUAUUCACUUAUUCAGACAGUGUGUAGAUUUACCGUAUUAACUCUUCUUAAAUUCUUGUCAUGUAUUAACCAGUGACAGAGAAUCGACACAGAGAAGAGAUGACUGGACUCUUUUGUCUAAAGUCUGCGGUGUCUCGUAAAUGCACUGACAUUGCUGUUUUAACAGAGAGGGAACCGUCAGAACGAGCCACCAUAUCUUCGUUAUACCCCGUCUGUUUGGUAAAUACGCACGUCCUUCGAGCUCCACACCCUCAGCUCACAGAACAGGCUUCUGCUAAUAAACACGUUGUCCCCGAGCCCCGGCUGAGAUCAUCUCCAUGACGUCAGCGUAACAUCAUCAGGGUUACUCUCUCAGUCUUGACGAAGCUAAAUACAGUGACACCCAAGACAGUUGUUUUCACGGGCUUGUAAACGAACAUGUUUUUCCGAUUUACAGCUGUGUACGAGCUGGUUAAUGUUGCUUUGAAUGUGAACUUUUUAUUGCAACAUGGUCAAAAAGGUUACUUUUCAUCAAUAGUGGUGUCUGAGCAUGGUGGUCAAAACAGCCUAAAGGGAACAAAGGAUUUAAAGAAAACGUUCCCAAGCUUUUAAGUUGGGAACUUUCCAUAGACAGCGUGGCAUCAAUCAAUUCUUCAGUGAUGAUGUCAUCAAUCACUGAAUCUCAGCCACAGACGAUGAUGCUGUCUGAUACGUGGAAUCGCUCCUCUGCUUGUUGAAGGAGUAAUGAGAGGAGAGGAGGAACGAGCUUCAGUUACAAGCACAGGACUCUUUCCUCUGAGACAUUCUAGCAGACAAUGCUUCGGUCCUAAAGCCAUUGUGGACGUGGGGUAGCUUUACCGUCAGCUGCACACUCUGAUAUCUGUUUACAUUUUUCUUUUCAAGUCAUUUCAUUCAGGACUAAAGCAGCACUUUGCCCAAAGGGACGAUUCGUUCUUUUCUGCUGAAAUUAAGACUUAAUUUAUUCUUCAUCUUAAUGCCUGUACUGACAAUCCUGAGUAGAUGGCACGUUUCUGUGCUUUACUGUUCUAGUGAGAGACAAAGUAGACCUUUUCAACUUAACAGAAUUUUAGAAUAAAAAAAAAAGAUGGAGAUGAAUGUAAGAUUUAGAUCAGCACGUAUUCUGCUGGAUGUGACAAUGGCUGACCAGCACAAUUUCAAGUGCUUCGAUGGCUUUAAACUGAUUUCAACCACAAUCUCCAAUUUAAAAAGAAAGAAAGUUACUAUAUGAUUGCUAUUCUCUCACUACUGAUGUACUACACAGGACUGUGACAGUGUUGAUUGUAAUAUAUCUGUGGUUCAACAACAGUUCGCGCAGAAAUAACAAACGUCUGUGAGUCUCUGAACUGACUUUUAAAAAUGGUUUGAAGUGGUGUCAGAUUUUUAUAUAUAUGAUACGAGUAUGGAAAAUGUGUGUGUGAUAGCAUCAACUGUUGUAUUACUACACAAACAACUAAACUAUUCCAAUGUAGCUGAUACAUAACGGAGUAUAUAUUUGGUUUCUAAUUUGACAAUCGAUCAUAUUGGCUUUAACAUGCUUCUGUAGUCUGUUGCAACAGUGGAUAUUUAAUUGUGUUAUGAAUACAUUCUGGCAUUAAAUGACUAUUUUUCUGCAAA